CGCGGAAAUACGACUGGUCUCUCAGUUCACGCUCUCUUCAAAAUUAGCUGAUUUUUUAUAAGAUUAGUUUGAUAUAUACCGGCAUCAUGGUUAAUGAACAAUUAGUGACAAAUAUACCCUUACCAAAUGCAGAAGAUCCAGAUUUGUUAGAUCCGAAUAGUGAUCCAGAGCAUCCUAAAGUGAUUGUAUUUGAAGAAGUGAAGGCUGCCAGUAAACUUAUAAAAGAUGGAAUAAUUUAUACACCGUGUAAAAAGUCUCAGCUGUCAUUGGAAUACAAUAUGGAUAUUUACUUUAAAAAGGAAUUUCUUCAAGUAACUGGGAGCUUUAAAGAAAGAGGAGCUCGCAAUGCACUACUUCAGUUGACGUCAGAAGAAGCUAAACGUGGUGUAAUUGCAUGUAGUGCUGGUAACCAUGCACUUGGUUUGGCAUAUCAUGGAAGUUUGUUAAAAAUACCAAUUACUAUUAUUAUGCCUGUAAACUCAAGUUUGAUGAAACAAGAACGUUGUAAGAAGUAUGGUGGACUCGUUUUACUGAAAGGCAAUAGUGUUUUUGAAAGUAAACUGUAUGCUUCAAAAAUUGCAAAAUUAAACAACUUAUUUUUAAUCAAUGGUUAUGAUCAUCCACAUAUUUUAUCUGGACAAGGUACCAUUGGUGUAGAAAUCUUAGAACAAGUUCCUGAUGUGGAUGCUAUUAUUGUACCAGUUGGUGGAGGUGGUUUAUUAGCUGGACUUUGUGUGGCAGUUAAAUCUAUUCGACCAGAAGUUAUGAUAGUUGGUGUAGAAUCUAAUCGUUGUCCUGGUUUUCAAGAAGCUAUGUUCGCUGGUAAACCAGUUUACACAGAAAAUCGUCAAUCAUCUGCAGAUGGCUUAGCUGUUUCUGUGGUUGGUGUGAAUUCCUUUGAAACAGCUCAUAAAUUAGUUGAUAAAGUGGUAACUAUUGAUGAAACAUAUAUUUAUCGUGCAGUUGUUCGUUUAUUAGAAUUUGAGAAAUCUGUUGUAGAAUGUUCUGGGGCUACUUCAUUAGCUUUAAUUAUGGCAAAUGUUUUGCCUGAAUUAAUCGGAAAAAAAGUUGUAUGCAUUCUAAGUGGAGGAAAUAUUGACAUCUCAUCACUAAGCCGUGUUAUUGACAAAGGAUUAGCACUUGAAGGUCGUCUCUGUCGAUUCAUAGUUGUUUUAAAUGAUCGACCUGAAAGUAUUUCAGAACUAUGUCUAAUUUUGAACGACAUCGGAGCUAACAUAAAAGACAUUAGUCACGAACGUAUUUGGUCAACAUCAGGUAUACUUCAAGUUCAGGUGAAAUGUACUUGUGAAAUACAGAAUGCUUCACGUAGAAUUGAUUUAGAGCAUGCAUUGAAAACAAAAUAUAAACAUGUUAUUUGGGCUGAGAAUGAUUUAAUGAUAACAUAUUAGUAUUUUCAUACUGAAAUUAACUAAUUACAACUAUGAAUGAAUGAUUGAGUUUCUUUUGGUAUAACAUUUAUAUACAUUCACUCAUUCACAUAACCUCAG